AUGGUACCACAUGCAUUCACACUACGGAGAGUGGAAAACAUAAUAAACCCGAUUCAUAACUCAGAGAAAAAUUCUAAUGGAUUAAUUUCCACUAGUGAUGAUAAAAAUGUGAUUAAAUAUCAACCACGGAGUCACGAUGGUUUUGAAGUUCAUAAAACCUAUGACCAUUUACUACCAUCCGAGAGAACCCAACAGUCUGCCCAUGUAUUAAACAAGUUGAAAAGGGGGCCUUCUGGUUUUGCGUUUUUCCAAGUGGUAGUAAGGCUGGUAUAUUACAAAACAGAGCGAAGCGAAGUCUCUUGA